AUGGCGAGCGUUUGGGCUGGAUACCGGUGCUCUUUGCUUGGUUUUGUUUUGUUCGCUACGACUUUUACUCUUAUCAUCUCGGCUCAGAAUAUUGAAACUGGAAGGUUGGUUGAUGGUGGAAAGAAAUCAAACGUUUACACACUCAUUGUAUCGAUAUUCAGCACUCUAUUUCUGGCCCUUGUCCUCUGGUUCGAUCUUGUCAAACGACUGUCUAUUUUAUGCCAAGUACAAUGGGAACUUAUAUGGGGAGCCAUCAUAAUCCUAUUUAACAUUAUCGGAUUCGCAUCCAUCUCCUCAAACAAGCCUGCUCCAAACACCUGUCACGGCGGACCCAAAUCAGCAUGGGACAUAUGUGCCGCCUCACAAGGGAUGCUCGCGUUGUUAGCCCUGACAACAAUAGCUCUCAUUGGACAUACGGGUAUGAUGGUCGUUAUGACCAUCAAACUCAGUCGGCGGACUGAAGAAUCUGUGUGGAGGGUUAUGGCCUGGGAGUUAGACGACAAGUUGCGACCCAGACCCGAGCGGGUGAUAACAACAACAAAUGUGACCAUGUCGGGAGUCGAAGCUGGGGUGAUCCAAGAGCGGCCAGUGUCCAAGGUGCUGCCACCGGUGCCGAUGGGUAUGGUGGAGGAUCCACCCCGUGCGAGGAAUCCGCUUACGUUUAGCACGGUGUCAAGUCUAUUGAACCCUGCUCCACGAGACCUUCCUGGCUCCGCACGACAAGAGGGCCGCUUUCAAUUGCACGAUGGGCCUGCUCCGGUACCUGUUGAACGUCCACCGGUGCAAAGAGCGUUUGAGCGUAUCAGCGGGUACAUUCAUGAUGAUCCCCACAAUGCUCCCAGCGGAUUCGGCGGGUUCUCGAUGUAUUAUGCUCCCACGCCCGUGUACGAUCGGUUUGCGAGGGGGAUGAGCGAGGCGUUUCCGAGUAGUGGUGUUGGAACGCCUGUAACGCCCGCGUUGAAACCACCGUCACCAUUGCAGCCGAGGAAGAUACAAAAGAAGGACGGGAGAUGGAUGUUGGCUGAUGAAAGCGAUGCGUUGGAGCGGCCAUUGGUGGGAGAAGAUAGACCGACACUGCCUGCGCGGUUUCAGUCGAGGAUGCAUGAGAUUCAACCACCGGCUGCUGCGCAGGUUACGCCUGUGCGCCGACCUUCACGCACGCCACCGCGCAUUAUGCCUGGUACACUCCCAAACCCCAAUUCAUACCGGCCAAUCUUGGAAGACAUUUAA